UUAUUUCAGAUUGUCGAGAUGAAGGAUUUAACUUUCGAUUCGUUAGAUACUUUGAUAAAGCAAACUGAUGAUUUGUACUUGGAGAUUUGCGGCCUUCAAACUCCAUCCAUGUAUUUUACGGAAUCUCCAUCCACGUAUUCUAUAGAAUCGAAAUCCACGAAUUCUAUAGAUUCGAAAUCCACGUAUUCUAUGGAAUCUCCACCUAAGUAUUAUGAGGAAUUAAGCCCUCCUAAUUCUCCUAAAUUCUCCUUCACUGAUAAGUAUGCAAAAUUGGGAAGGGCCACAGCUUUGCAGUCAAAACUCUUGGGGCAAAGUAAGAAAGCUCUGAGGUUUUGUAGAAACAAUUUAAGUGUAAUUGGCGGCGAACAGGAGAGGGAAGCCAUCAGGGUUUCGUUAUUGACAAAACUUAAAUUGGAAGCAAUCAGGAAGGAAAUUUACCGAGAUGUUACGGACGUGAAUCAUGGCGCAACGACUAUCAAAAAUUUGAUGUUCUCUGUGGUUGGGCGCAAGGGUACAUACUUAAGUCUCAACAAAACCUUUUACCUCUGUAUAUUUUCCUGCGAGGAUCAGGUGUUUGGUACUCAAUGGACCGAAGUAACCAGUAGCAACUUCAUGGUCUUCCAAGAGCAUAUCUCAUUUGAAUCAAUCGAGUCCAAUUUCGAAAUUAUUCUUAGCGUUUAUUCGUUGACUGUACCUAGAACCAACAAACAACUUAAACCUAUAGUCAACUUGAUCUCAAAACCGAAACUUCAGAUGGAAGGUCAAAUUGUUUUAACCACAGCCAACUUCCAGAAAAUCGGAAAAUAUGAGAUGAAAAUCAUAAAUCGUGAUUCCGAUCUUGAUGGAAAAUUCACUAUGGAUUUUAAGGGCAGAUUAUCGAUUCAAGAGCAUCUGGCCAAUUACGUCAAUUAUGGUAUUCGCAUUGGUAAAGACGAGUUUGGUGGAAGGUUCUGGUGCGUUCUGGGUAAGCAAGGUCUUCAAUUUUUCGAUCAGUCCUCCGAGCAGAAGUUAUUUUUGUGCUUUCAAAAUAUCGUUGGAACUAUAAAACAGAACGUUGUUAUUAAUUCCAUAGCAUGGGAAAGUAUUGACGGAGUUGAUCGUGUUUCCAAUGUUCUGCAGUUUAACAAUGAAGAUAUCAUGAAACAUUGGAUGAUGCGGCUGAAUUCGUUGUUACUUUUGUACAGGCAAUAUUACUGUUGAAGUGUUAUUAUUGAUGUUAUAGAGUUUUUGCUUUAAAAUAAUGUAUUUUAGUUUUUCUAGAGGAUAGAAAACUGUUUUACUUUCGUACUGAUUAUAUUAAAUGUGUAAUAAAUGU